AUGGAGAAGAAAAGGCGUAAAGAUGGCAAGGAGUUGCUACCCGACUUGAAUGAGGUCAAAGCGCAAAUCGGAAAAGAAAGAUUUGAUCAUAUUAAUAAUAAAUUCAAGUCGAGAGUCUUACCGAGUGUGACUGCUCAUGCUGCCCAUAAUCAUUUGCUUCCCUUAACCCGGCCCAAUGGAAAGGGUAACAAUGAAACAGCCAUCAAAAUGCUUUCUUCGAGAAUGGAACCUCUAGUCCAUCAUUUCAAUGAAAAUGAUGAUAUUUCUUAUGAAGAAGUUACAUUUAAAAUUCCUGAUGAAGAGGUUACCAAGCUUCUAUCUGUUAAACAGCUACCUCGAUCCCUUACCUGGGUUUUCACGGAUAGAAAUCAGCUAAUGGCUGCAAGUGAGUCUGUGAUUGGUAAGAAACAAUUCCAUUAUGUGGAUGGCGAGGCAGUGGAAUUGAGUCCUGACAAGAAAAAGUAUGAAGACGCCAGGAAACAAAAAAUGGAGUUUUCCAAAGAGGUUGAUCGGUUUAUAUGGAAGAUUGGUCAGAAAUAUAGUCUGGAUGAUCUGGUGGUGCAGAGGACUCUAUCCAAGUUCCUUGAGCUGAAGGUUUCAGAUAUUUUGGAGAGAUACAAUAAGCUUAAGAAUGAUGGAGAUAUUGGUGAAAUUUCUGACAAAAGCAAAUUUAUUUCUGUUCCGGCAACUGCUGAUAAGCACUUUUGCCGUCGUUGCUUGAUAUUCGACUGUCAUCUUCAUGAAGAAUAUCAGCCUCUGCCUAGAGAAAACAAAUCUAAUUUGUUUGAGAGGGAAGAUGCUGAAAAACAAUGCAGUAAGCAUUGUUACCUUAAGCCAAGGAGUUUCAUAGAAGCUGAUCAUGUGGUGGAUAAUGAUAACUCUAUAUCAAACGAUAAAGGGAAUAAUGUGGUCACAGACAUGUCACAGACAUAUAAUGAGUGGAGCCCUGUAGACAAGAAUCUUUACUUGCAAGGAGUUGAAAUCUUUGGGAGAAACAGGUGUCUAAAGACAUGCAAGAAUCGUUUUGGGGGAUGUAACUGUGCAAAGGGUCAAUGCAGUAACCGACAAUGUCCUUGCUUUUCUAUUUCUCGUGAAUGCGAUCCAGAUAUUUGUCGCAGUUGUUCGCUUAGCUGUGGAGAUGGCUCUCUCGGUGAGGCAUCACAGCCAAUCCAAUGCAUGAACAUGAAAUUCCUCCUUAAGAAACACAAGAAGAUUCUCCUUGCAAUGUCGGAUGUUCAUGGAUGGGGUGCAUUCACACGGCACUCUCUAAAGAAAAACGAGUUUCUCGGAGAAUAUACUGGCGAAUUGGUUUCUUAUGAGGAAGCAGAGGAACGUGGGAGAGCAGAAAGAAAGAAUGGUUUUUCCUAUCUCUUUACCUUGAAUGAUAAGAUCUGCAUUGAUGCUCGCCGUAAAGGGAACAAGCUUAAAUUUCUCAAUCACUCAUCAAAGCCAAACUGCUAUGCCAAGUUGAUGGUCGUCAGAGGAGAUCAUAGGAUUGGUUUGUUUGCGGAUAAAAAUAUCGGCGAAGGUGAGGAGCUUUUCUUCCAUUAUUGCUAUGGACCAGGACAUGCGGAUUGGUCUCAAUAG